GGAAGCAACAGUAUGUCGGCCCCUGCUUGCCUCCGCGGCUGGGCGCCGCCCGAGCGGGGGCCCCCGCGCCCGAGGAUGGCGGCGCCGCGCGCCCCGGAGAGCAUCUACAACCUCCUGCCGCGCCUGGAGGAGAGGCCUGUCCAGCCGCCCAGGUAUAUAUCAACUUUUCGACCAUUCAUCAAACGUGAAAUAGAGAAAAGUAAAGCUCAGUGGAAAACAAUGGGGCCAGCAAAAGUUGAAGUGCCCUCGCCAAAAAACUUUCUGCAAAAACAUUCAAAGGAACCCAAGCUACCAGAGAGAAAAAAGGAACAAGAUAGUAGGAAAAUGCCUGCAUUAUCAGUGCCACGGAGGACAGAUCACCCACUUAUGGGAAUUCAGAGUAAAAAGAAUUUUAUAAAUGCAAAUGCUGUUGCUGCUAUCAUGGGAUUGGCUAAAAAACCGCAACCUAUUUAUGUUGAUAGAAGACAAGGAGACAAACACCUGCUUGAAACUUCAGGACUUGUUCCAAAAUAUAUUAAAAAAAAGGAUUAUGGUAUUAUACCAAAAUAUGUGACACAGAGAAAUGAAGAAAUUAAGAGAGCUCAGAAAGAACAUGAGGCCUAUGUCUUGGAAUCUCUCAAAAAAAGAGCCAUGAAACGGUUAUCUGAUGAAGAAAGGAACAGUCUUCUGCAGGGUCUGAAAAAGAACUGGGAGGAGGUGCAUCAUGAGUUUCAGGGUCUUUCUGUAGAUAUAGACACCAUUCCCAAGAAGAUGCAUAAAGAAAAACUGGAAUCACAGAUGAAACAAUUGGAGCAUGAUAUAGAUGUCAUCGAGAAGCACAAAGUUAUCUACAUUGCAAAUGAGUAAGAACUAUUAAGUAAGUCCUUACUAUGAGUAGGGACUAUUUUCUAAAAAUUGCUCUUUCUUUCUUUUCUCCUUCUCUACCACUGCCUUUCCAAAAAAAACCCCAAAAAACAAAAAACAAACUAAAUGCUUAGAAAAAAAUGAAACAAGUCCAAUUAUUUAGAAGAAGAAAGUAUUCAGCUAAUACAAGUAUGUAGUUUCUUACCAAAGUUGUUACACAUAGCUAAUUAUCAUCUGUAUAAUUCACAAAACUUUUUCAAAUAAAAUUCUUAACUAACUUUCAGCAGAGAAGCAGUAAUUUCAUGUUAUUCUUUGUAAUUUUUACUAACAACUAAGAUUUCUAUAAACAUUGUAAGCAUAAAUAAUACAAUUUCUUAUAUUUGGAGCACUUCCAUUUAACAGACAAAACUAAGUGAACUGAUUGGCUACUGAAGAAAUCACGAUAAAAAAAUAACUCAGGGUGGGAUUGCUUCUGGUCUAAUUAUUAAAGAACUGAAGAGCAAAAGAGUUUAAACAAUUCUAUUUCUAAACAAUUUGGUUUCUACUUAACAUUUUCUGUAUUCAUUGCUACCAAAAUCAGUUUUUACAUUGGAAGCCCAUAAUAAUAUAAAGUUUGUGCAGUGUAGUUACCAUAGGUAGCAUGCUGUGCACGUUCAUGUAUAAAUAAUGCCAUAAUGCCAUACUACAUUUACAACUAAAGUAGGAAAAUAUGUAUUGAUUGCUGCUGUAGGUAUAAUGUUAGAUCAGAAGCGGUAUACUAGUAUGUAAGUCAUGCUCUGGAAAGACUAUUGGCUUACUGUACUUCAGUUAUUUGAAUAAAAACUAUUUUUUCCUUCUGCUCAUUCUUUGCUUCAUAACACAUCUUUCUGUAUUACAUCAGUCAUUUAAACUAGCAGCUGUUGUGACAUUGUAAUAUUUGACAUCAGAAGAGGAUGAAAUCAAGAAUUUCAGACAAACUAUUAAGAGCCACAUUUUCACAUACAUUAAGUUCUUUUCAUAAAUCCGUCAUUUAAGGGCUUUGAAGACUUUGCAGUGAUUUAAGGCUGUAUUUCCUGUGCUUCUUGAAUUUGUCUAUGAGAUGCACUAGGAAAGCUUGGGUGAGCAGGAAUGGGUAUUUUGGUUUUUGACAAACGAUAAUGUUUACUUUUAGAAGGUAUAUGCUGGAGGAAAAAAUAUAUAAAAUUUAUAUAAAAUAUAAAUGUCAUUUACUGUUUACUCAGAAAAAUGACUUAUAGUGUGUACUUUAACAAAACCCUGCUGAUCAUAAGGACUUAAUAACAUGACGCAUUAUCUGCAAAUGAAGUACAAGAUACCUUUCUUGAGAACACAAUAUAAUCAAUCAUUGAUGCUUCGUGUGGCUUCAAGAAAAGAAAAAACAGCUUAAACAAUAAAAUAGCAUGCAUUCCCACCACCUCGCUUUCAGCUAUUAGUUACUCAAAGACCAUUUGACUGAGUUUGACUGAGGAUCUGGAUUUGGCUCUUCUAUCUAUCAGCAGUGCUAACUUAAUGGAAAUGCAAUGUAGGAAAUUGCCUACCCUAGAAGUUAAUACAAGCAACAAAGCCACACUUGCAAAUAUGAAACAUUUAUCAUUCAGUACUAAUAGUUACUCUGUAUUAAAAUUGUCAGAAUGAAGCAGGGAGGGAUACAAAAAGUACUGCUGUCUAACAUGAGAAAGCAACUAAAGUCAGCGUACUUGUUCAGUGGAGUGUGCUGUCACUAGUGCCUUUCAACAGCACUUUUUUUAUACAUAUAACCUUUUAGAGCACUUUGCAGUUUUGCUGCUACACAGUGUGUUCUCCUCUUGGUGCAUGUGAAUAGCUCUGCUAUCCUGUGGUGAGGAUAUAGCCCCUUCAAUUUAUUUUGAUGCAUAUUUUAUGAGAGAAUUAUCAGUGCUUCUGAUUAUGGAAAGCAUAUAAUGGAAACCAUUGAAAGUACAGGCACAAGAAUAACAUUGUUAUCCUUUAAUUCUCUCUGGGAGAUUUGACAAAAUAAAUUUAUAGAAUCCAGAAAAUGUAAUUUUCAUGAAGUGCCAAUAAUUGAACGUGUAGAAUUCCUGAAUCAACUAGCAUGUACUGUUGGUGUAACUGAAGCAAAAAAUUGAAUGAAUUAACUCAACUGUUGUGAUAAAAUUGUUCCUUCAUAAAGGAUAGUAAAUGAAAACAGAAACAA